UAGGGAACCGUCCUUAUGUUUUCCUAUCUGCUCGUGUACAUCCUGGAGAGACUAAUGCAAGCUGGGUUAUGAAGGGAACGCUGGAAUACCUUAUGAGCAAUAAUCCAAGUGCCCAAUAUUUACGAGAAUCUUAUAUUUUCAAAAUUAUUCCCAUGCUCAAUCCGGAUGGUGUCAUCAAUGGAAACCACCGUUGCUCUUUAAGUGGAGAAGAUUUAAACAGACAGUGGCAAAAUCCAAAUCCAGAUCUGCAUCCCACUAUUUACCAUGCUAAAGGGUUACUGCAAUAUCUGGCUGCUAUAAAACGUUUACCUUUGGUCUACUGUGAUUAUCAUGGUCACUCUCGUAAAAAGAAUGUAUUUAUGUAUGGCUGCAGCAUCAAAGAGACAAUGUGGCACACAAAUGUUAAUGCUGCCUCUUGUGACCUGAUGGAAGACCCUGGUUACAGGGCACUUCCCAAGAUCCUGAGUCAAACUGCCCCAGCAUUCUGCAUGGGCAGCUGCAGCUUUGUAGUGGAAAAGUCCAAGGAAUCAACUGCACGAGUUGUUGUCUGGAGAGAGAUAGGAGUACAAAGGAGCUACACAAUGGAAAGCACGUUAUGUGGAUGUGACCAGGGCAAAUAUAAGGGAUUGCAAAUAGGGACAAGAGAACUGGAGGAGAUGGGAGCAAAGUUCUGUGUUGGCUUACUGCGUUUAAAAAGAAUGGCCUCACCUUUGGAAUACAAUCUGCCUUCUAGUCUGUUGGAUAUUGAAAAUGAGCUGAUUGAGUCAAGCUGUAAAGUGACAAGGUAGUACACAUUUAUU